UGUCAUGGACGCUGUGACAGUACGAACUCGUGUUUAGUGUAGUGAAUGUGAGGAAGUUUUAAGGAUUUCUGUUGAUAGUUAUGAUCCAGGUGACUUAGUUUGUUUCUUUAGAGCAUGACGGGGAGAUAUACAGCUUCACCCAUAUGAAUAAAUCCCUGUGUGUUAUCCAGAUAAAGGAAGGUGGCCGUUAUUCCCCUCGCACGCGUUAAUGCUGGAGUUCCACUCACAGAUACAACUGCCACUUCACAGGCGUGUUUGUUUGUUUGUUAACUUGUUUAUUUCUCGUAAACAGCUGUUGUUUUGCUCUGUAGGUCUGUGAGUGCUGUAAUGUUUAUUGCCAUAAACAGGACUUUAGUAUAAAUGGCCAGUAAACGCACAUCACUGUUGUUGCUGUUUGCGGCCCGCCGUGUGUUUCACUGUUCCUGGCCCACAGUGAGCCCUGGAAACACCCCCCCACACACUUCCGCUCCACAGCCCAUCCUCACACAGCUUCCGGUUUCUUCCGGAUAUUCCUUCAGUACCAGCACUUCAGUGAAAGGUCAGAGCAGUUUGUCCAUCCGAAGUCACACCUGUGGAGAACUGGGCUCCAGUCACGCGGGACAGGAAGUGACCUUAUGCGGCUGGGUUCAGUAUCUGAGACAGGAUCUGUUUGUCAUCUUGAGGGAUUUCAGUGGUUUGGUUCAAGUUCUUAUCCCACAGGAUGAGUUUCAGCGGGAACUGAAGGAUGCGUUCUGUGGUUUAUCGGUCGAGUCGGUCAUCAAGGUGAAAGGAAGAGUCAGGCUUCGUCCAGAGGGCCAGAAGAAUACGAACAUGUCCACUGGAGAAAUUGAAGUGUGCGCCGAGAGCCUGGAAGUGUUGAACACCUGCCGCAAACUGCCUUUCGAGAUUAAAGACUUUGUCAAGAAAUCAGAAGCUCUCCGGAUGCAGCAUCGCUAUCUCGAUCUCCGCUCAUCUCAAAUGCAGUACAAUCUGAGACUGCGCUCACACAUGGUCAUGAAAAUGAGAGAGUACCUUUGCAAUGUACAUGGAUUUGUGGACGUAGAGACCCCAACGCUGUUUAAAAGGACUCCUGGGGGUGCCAGAGAGUUUGUGGUGCCAUCUGGAGAACCCGGAAUGUUCUACUGUCUCCCACAGAGCCCCCAGCAGUUCAAGCAGCUUCUGAUGGUGGCAGGUCUGGAUCGGUACUUUCAGCUGGCACGCUGUUACAGAGAUGAAGGCGCCAAACCUGACAGACAGCCUGAAUUCACACAGGUGGACAUUGAGAUGUCUUUUGUGGAUGCGGCUGGAAUCAUGGCUCUGAUCGAGGGCUUGUUGCACUACUCCUGGCCAGAAGACAAGGGGCCAGUCAGCACCCCCUUCCCCUGCUUGACGUACGAGGAAGCCAUGAAAGAUUACGGAGUGGACAAACCCGACACUAGAUUUGGAAUGAAGCUCGUGGAUGUUAGCGAGAUGUUCCAGCACACACAGAUUGAGUUCAUCAGGGAUGCCGUCGUCCAACCAGGCGGUUGUGUCCAGGCCAUCUGUGUUCCAGACGGAGCUGUUCUGUGUCAGGAGGAGGGAGCUGAACACGAUCAGAAACACUUGAAGGGCAAGGACAUGGAGUUCUUGAAGCAAGUAUCCAGGACUCAGUUCAACCAGGAGGUGGACUGCAUGCUGGUUCGAGCAGAGGGAUCCAUCAAAUCUCCUCUCGGUCGCUUGCUGCCGGACGCAACAAGGCUGCAGCUGCUGUUAAAGACGAGCGCCAACGCUGGAGACCUGCUCCUCAUUGCUGCCGGAGCCCAGGAGCGGGUGCGUCCACUUCUAGGGAAACUGAGAUUGCAGUGUGCUGAGCUGUUGGAGGCUCGCGGUGUGCCUGUACGUGACCCUUCAGUCUUCCACUUCCUGUGGGUGGUGGACUUUCCCCUCUUCUUACCGAAAGAGGAUGAGCCGGAGCAACUGGAAUCCGCGCACCACCCCUUCACCGCACCCAUGCCCGAGGAUGCCCACCUCCUCUACACCCAGCCCCAUAAGGUGCGUGGCCAACACUACGACUUGGUGCUGAACGGCUGCGAGAUCGGUGGCGGCUCCAUCCGCAUUCACAACGCCGCUCAACAGCUCUACGUCUUGGAGAACAUCCUCAAAGAGGACCCGUCUCUCCUCUCUCACCUUUUGGAGGCGUUGGACUCCGGGGCCCCUCCACACGGCGGGAUUGCAUUAGGUUUGGACCGGCUGGUGUCCAUCAUUGUGGGGGCUUCCAGCAUCAGGGAUGUCAUCGCCUUCCCUAAGUCCUUCAGAGGUCAUGACCUCAUGAGCCACGCCCCCAGUUUGGUGCCGGAGGAGGACCUGAGACCAUACCAUAUCUCUGUGGUUUGGCCUAGUGCGAAAACUAGACAGGAUGAUAAACCCUGACUGACUGUAUAUCAUUUUUCCUGCACCUUGACUCUCUUUGUGAAGGGAGGUAAGAGCAGGAAGCCGACUGACUCCAUUUCAUGUGGAACUAGAGAACGACUGAGCAGUCUCAGAGCUCUAUCAGUUAAACCACCUUGUUCUGUUAAUCACCCUCUUGAUAUUCCUGUAAUAUCUGUCCUCAUGUGAACAUUAAAGACAUGCAUUCUUC